AUGGGACCUAAUCCAGUAGAGCAUGAUCAAAAUCGACCCGAGCAAUAUGAUAUCGAUAGCGAUGGUAAAGUAGUAUUGUUAAUUUGUCGAUUAGAGUUUGUAGAUAGUGGAAGAAAUGAUAAUGUGUGGCAUGUUGGCUAUGGAGUUGAGAUGCACGGUGAUGGUUUUGAAGAAUAUACAACUGGUAGAAGUGAUGCAACUGAUAGUGAGACAGACACAGUUGAUGCUGAUAAUGCAAGUGAUAUUGAAUCAGAUCAAAGCGAUAAUAAUGAUAGUGAUAGCGAUCGCUAUGUUGGUUAUCAUUCUCUUCCCACUUGUGACUUCUCUUCGGAAGCAGGAGAUAUUGAUUACGGACGAGCAAACGUGAUAAUUGAAAGAGAUUUUGAAGAGGCUUUAAGUACAGCUACUUUUGUUCAUUCACAGGGUUCUGAUUUCAAGAUUAUUGACAAACCGAAACCAAUUGAAAUGACUGCAGACAAUAUUGAAUGCAUCAAGAAAGCCAUGUCUUCGUUCACUCUUCCUGCUCCUGCAUGGGUAGAAGAUAUUGGCACUGAUAACGAACUAAAAAAACUAGUAGAAAGAUUGAUGCCAAAAAAAACUUCGUGA